AUGUCAUCCCCGCAGGGAGGUGGGUGCGGCUACUCGAACUGCGCGGAUGGACCAUCGUGUCCUGGGGGCUCUUGUUCAUUUCAGAAUUGUCGGGGUCCCUCGUGCAAGGGUGGAAACUGCGACUUCAUCUCCUGCCACAGCCCGGCGUGUGGUGGAGGCGGCUGCCGUGUCGUAGAUCCUCUGAGUACGCUCCGCGACGGCUACUGCGACGGGGGCGCGUGCAAGGUCAACGGGAAGCCGUUCCCUUCGCGCUUUGCCGGGAAGCUCAGCGUCUGAGAACCAAACGAAAACACGUGUUUUUUUGUCAUGGUGCCACGUGCCAUGCCUUCUCUUUGUCGAUAGAGAGGAAUUCAACAGCACUUGGAAGUGACGGCAGUAGCUCACACAUUUUACCUAGCCUAUUCUUCGGCAUGAAUUUUGACAAGCGAACCAACCCAGGGACAGAGACACCACAUUUUUGACAAGCACCACUUCGCGAAAUCGGAGUUGCUUGGUCAUGUCGGCGCUCUGUCCGGACUUGUAUUUACCACGCACGGUACCAACCCAUCCAACCAAGCGGACGAGGCUUGUGGGAGUAAGGAAGCCUUAUUUUCUGGCAGACAGAGUGAUGCGUUGGAGGAGGAGGGAAGAGGGACACAGGCAGCCACUGCCGCCUUUGUGGAAUGGUAUUCCGGUUGUUCUUCUUGUGCUCCUUCCGAGUUACCGCGGUGUCACAGUCCGCAGAAUUGAGCGCCGGAAGGUUCCUAUCGGAACGUUCAGGUCUACUCACUCGAGCAAAUGGUCGUUGGCGACGACUUUUCCCACGUGCCGUUGCGAAUGCUCAAGCACGGGAAUUCUGGUUCCUGCUGUGAGAGAUGUAAGCACCGGGCAAUUGCGCUGUCUUGGCGGGGCGGGGGGUUCAUGAGUAUAUGCUUCGACCUAUUCAUCCAUGCUUUGGGUGAUGCAAUGCGACGGGUUC